AUGGCGCUGAGGCGGCGGCCAGGACUCCGGCUCUGCGCCCGAUUGCCCGGCUUAUUCCUGUUGCUGCUUUUCAGGGGCUGCUUGAUAGGGGCGGUGAAUCUCAAGUCUAGCAACAGAAACCCAGUGGUACAGGAAUUUGAAAGUGUGGAACUGUCUUGUAUCAUUACGGAUUCACAGACAAAUGACCCUAGGAUUGAAUGGAAGAAAAUUCAAGAUGACCAAACCACAUAUGUGUUCUUUGACAACAAAAUUCAGGGAGACUUGGCAGGUCGUGCAGAACUACUGGGGAAAACUUCCCUGAAGAUCUGGAAUGUGACGCGGACAGACUCAGCCCUUUAUCGCUGUGAGGUUGUUGCUCGAAACGACCGCAAAGAAAUCGAUGAGAUUGUCAUUGAGUUAACUGUGCAAGUGAAGCCAGUAACCCCUGUCUGCAGAGUACCGAAGGCUGUACCCGUGGGCAAGACAGCAACGCUGCACUGCCAGGAGAGCGAGGGCUACCCCCGGCCUCACUACAGCUGGUAUCGCAAUGAUGUGCCACUGCCAACAGAUUCCAGAGCCAAUCCCAGAUUUCGAAAUUCCUCGUUUCUCUUAAACUCUGAAACAGGCACUCUGGUUUUCAAUGCUGUUCACAAGGAGGACUCAGGGCAGUAUUACUGUAUUGCUUCCAAUGACGCGGGCUCAGCCAGGUGUGAGGAGCAGGAAAUGGAAGUCUAUGACCUGAACAUUGGCGGUAUUAUUGGUGGGGUUCUGGUUGUCCUUGCUGUACUGGCCCUGAUUACUUUGGGCAUCUGCUGUGCCUACAGACGUGGCUACUUCAUCAACAAUAAACAGGAUGGAGAAAGUUACAAGAACCCAGGGAAGCCAGAUGGAGUUAACUAUAUCAGGACAGAUGAAGAGGGCGACUUCAGACACAAGUCGUCAUUUGUGAUCUGAGACUGGCGGUGUGGCCGAGAGAGAACAUGCAAAUACCUCUGCUAGAAACUCCUGCCAAGGGCCGCCAUGAGCCGGGUGCGCUUGGACAGAGCUAGACACUCAUGCAGAAGCUUUUUGUUUUGGGCAAAGUUGACCACUAUUCCUUUCUUACUCUUUAACAAGCCACAUGAAUAAAAGAAUUUUCCUCAAGAUGGACACAGUAACCAUAAGGAAAAGAAACUGAAAGUGUUCACUGAGUUGGAUUCCCGGUCUGUUGGUGGCCUGGUUCCCACAUAAGUAUUUGGGUGAUCUUAUAGAUCUUGUUCACAUAAACUCUCCUGUGCUGGGCGCUGUGGACCCGUGAAGCCAAUUUGUCCGCCACUGAUCGUUCACCGGCCAGGAUGAGCACGGUGUGAGGCGGCGCGGUAGCAGUGUAGCCCCAGCAGUGUGAAUUACAGCAUGAGACCUGGUAGCCACAGAGUUUGCAUCAAGGAAUCCAGAAAAGGCUUUUUACACAAUGACCUUGUUCCACUAGCCCACAGACCUCACUGCAGUUCCUUCUUCCAGGCUCUGUUGAUGAGUGUUGUCGUGCCCAUGCUGGGGAAUCUUUCUGGAUCAGCAUUUUAUUAAAAAACAACCAAAAUCAGGAAGGUGAAUUGCUUGCUGGAAGAGGGAUCUUCUUACCUGAGGAACCCUGCUUGUCCAAGAGGGUAUCAGGAUUUAAGGAAAACCUUUAUCUUAGGCUAAGUCAGAAAUGGUACUGAAAUAUGCUUUUCUAUGGGGUGGUGUUUAUUUUAUAAAAUUUUACAUUCUAAAUUUUUGCUAAGGAUGUAUUUUCAUU